GACGGCGCGGGGGCUGGGGAGGUGGACUGGGGGCGGCUGGAGACGGGUCCCGUCUCCCCCGCACCAUGGACGCGCCCGGGGCGGGGUCGGCUCUCGGGCAGAAGCGCCGCCGGAACCGAAGAGCGCGGUCGUUGUCCCACUGCCGCCAUGAUCAUCCCCGUGCGCUGCUUCACCUGCGGCAAGAUCGUCGGCAACAAGUGGGAGGCCUACCUGGGGCUGCUGCAGGCCGAGUACACCGAGGGGGAUGCUCUGGACGCGCUGGGCCUGAAGCGCUACUGCUGUCGCCGCAUGCUGCUGGCCCACGUGGACCUCAUAGAGAAGCUGCUCAACUAUGUACCCCUGGAGAAGUGAGUGAGCACCCAGCAUGCUGCUGGCCCACGUGGACUUGAUAGAGAAGCUGCUCAACUAUGUACCCCUGCAGAAGCCCGGGAGCACCCAGCAGUCUGUCCUGCCCAGAGCCCCUCCCACUGAAGCGUGGGUAGCCAGGAGCAAUGUCUGCUCACAGCUGUGUGGGCGUUGGUCUCCUGCUCUGGCAGGAGCCAUCCAGUAAAGGUCUUUGCAGAACCACAA